UUCGUUCUGACAAUAUCAUCAGAGAGAGAGAGAGAGAGAGAGAGAGUCUGAUGACGAAGGAGACGAUGAAUACGACAUGAAUCAACCCCCAACGUUUUCGAGCUAUCAUCAUGUAUUAAUAUAUUUCGGCUUUGUGGAGAGUAAAAAAUUAAUGGGUUUCGUAAUUAUUAAUCAGAAUCCUCAAUUUCUCAAUAACUACACAAAGCCACAUACAUACAUAUGUACAUAUACAUAUACACGCACACGUUCUUGAAGAUUUCAUGGCUGCUUUCUUCCAUGAACCCUCUCAAGCUCGAGAAGAUUCAUCUUCUUCUUCGGAGUUCGCGUUACAACAUCACCAACACAGCCUUCGUCUCAUGAACGCACUCGACCACGCGCCGCCGUCUCUCUCCGUCGACGUGUCCACUUGUACUCCUCACCACUUCUACUACAACGGCAACUCAUGUUUUGGCUCGCCCGUCGAUCCGGACCCGGACCCGAUCCGUGACGUCAUCAAACCUGAUCCAGGUGGGUCCCAGGGGUUCGAGCUUCUUCCCCGGCUGCCUCUCCCGGCGGUUUCUCCCGGGAACGGUAAGAAGCUGUCGCUUGGUCUGUCCUCCCGGCAAACGCAAACGCGAACGCGAACUACAAUAGGUCACGUUGAACAAGGGAAUUCUGCGGUCUCCACGGUUACGAACGGUGUCGUUUUCAGCGCGACCGGGAACGGUUUUGACCCUAUGUAUUUGAAGGCUGCGCAUGAAUUGCUCAAUGAGAUCGUCAGCGUCGGAAACGCAAAAAACAGCGACUGCGACGGCUCUAAAGGAAAGCUCACGGUGAAGACAGAGUUUUCCGGCGACGGAUUUGCUGGCAGUGGUUACAGAGGUGGCAUACCUAUCGGCGGUGAACUCACGGCCACAAACAGGCAAGAGCUGCAGAUGAAGAAGGCGAAGCUCGUCUCCAUGGUUGAAGAGGUUGAGCAAAGAUACAUGCACUACCGCGACCAAAUGCAAGCAAUAGUGUCAUCAUUCGAACAAGCCGGGGGCUUUACUGCUGCGAAAUCGUACACAUCCUUAGCGUUACCGACAAUAUCAAAGCAGUUUAGGGUUCUGAAAGACGCUGUAAGGACACAGAUCAAGAUCAUAAGCAAGUGUUUGGGGGAAGAGUAUACUAAGAAAACUGUACGAGAAGGUUGUGGAUUUGUGGACCAAACACAACAACUUCGCCAUUUGGGGAUUAUGCAAAAACAUCACCAUGCCAAUGCUUGGAGGCCGCAACGAGGGUUGCCCGAAAGAGCCGUUUCGAUUCUACGUGCUUGGCUCUACGAACACUUUCUUCACCCAUAUCCAAAGGAUAUGGAUAAACAAAUGCUUGCCAAACAAACAGGGCUUACUAGAAGUCAGGUAUCGAAUUGGUUCAUAAAUGCCCGAGUUCGACUGUGGAAGCCAAUGGUAGAGGAAAUGUAUUCGGAAGAAAUGAAAGUUCAAGCAAACGCAAAAAACGACACAACCAAUGAAGAGGACAAUGAUGAUCUCGAACUCGGGGUUUCAUCAUCGAAACAACCUCGGAAUCAUGAUUCUUCGGACCAAUCGAUACCCGGGAAUUCGAAUCUCAAGAACAACAAGAACGUUGCUGGUCAAUGCUCGAGCCUGAACGUGUCUUCAAGCACUCUGGCUGCAGCUUCUCAUCAUCAAGGGGGAAUAUUGAGCAGGCCAAAGAAGCUAAGGACAAUGGAAAACGAUUUUGACGUCAUGCAGAACUCUUCGAUAGUGUCCUACGAGACCGAGAGGAAGCAACAGAUGGAUCAUCCUGCUAGAGAAUCUGGUAACCUGAUCCAUUUCAAUGGAGGGUUCGGGAAUUAUCGACAGGCGAUGUAUGGAAAAGCAGUUUCUCUUUCGCUUGGACCGCCUCAUUCGCGUGACCAAACAUUCAACGAUGUUUUCGAGACGAGCCAUCAGAUCGAAUUCUCGGGUGUUUCUCCGUUGUCAACGUAUCAAAACAUCGAUAUUCCUGGCAAGAGGAGGUUUGUCACUAACGCCGCCCCGUUAUUGCCUGAUUUCUUCGCAUGAUCGGACCGAUAUCGAGAUGACAUAUUUGUGUUUUUUUGGUGGUUUGGGUUUGAGGUGUUUUGUUCUCUAGCUUGCUCUUGGUGUCUUGUCGUGGUUUUAUGGAUACAAAAGGAGAAGCAUAUACAAAGGGAGUAUAGGAGAGAUCUUAUAUAUUUACACAUAGGGAUAUUAAUUGAACAUUAAAAUUAGGGUUGUAAAGUGUGUGUGUAUAUAUAUAUAUAUAUAUGCGCUCAAAUAGUUUUUAUAUUUA